AACAACAGCUCCUACCUCCUCCGCCAUCUCUCCCUCUUUACUCCACAUCAAGUCUCGUUGAUUCAACCCAGAAAGUCCAUCAAAAUGAAGUCACUGUCUCGUGCUGGUCAAAUUGCCCUCCGUCAGGCUGCCUGUAGCCCAAUCCGCGCCCAUUCUCCCAUCAAUGGCGUCAUACUCAGAGGUGCAGCUGCCCAGGGUCGCAACACCUCUGCCAUUAGACCCUUCCGAACCUUCCACUCUUCGAUGCGGAAUCAGGGACUCAUGCCAGAGUCUGAAAACCCGCCGCCCAGGAAUCCCGAAGACGUCGAUAGGCCUACGGUCCCCACUGACAUUUCCACCUCGGAAUUCCACCAGCGAGCCGAUGUGACCCUGGACGAUCUUGUCGCCAGGGUGGAAGAGAAGCAGGAAGAAACGCCUGAUCUGGAAGUGGAGUACUCGGCCGGCGUGCUCGAGAUCAAGAUUCCCUCCAAAGAACACACCUACGUGCUCAACAAGCAGCCUCCCAACAAGCAGAUUUGGCUCAGCUCUCCCGUUUCUGGGCCCAAGAGAUUCGAUUGGGUUGUUUCGGGCGAGUCGAUGCACCAGAAAGAGGGCGGAGGCUCUGGAGACUGGGUUUACUUGCGGGACGGAUCCACCUUGAGUGAGAUUAUUCGUACCGAGCUGGAAGUAGAACUUGGAAAAGACAACGAUGCCCCCAGUUGA